AGCUCCUGUGGGUGGCAGGAGAUGUGCCGGACAUUACCGGAGGCCUCCUGGCUGGCACUGGACCCAAGGUCUGGGGCUGCCACUGACUGCCAAGUGCUAUCCACUCUCAGAGUCGGCCCCAUGCUGAUUGAGUUCAACGUACCUGUGGACCUGACGCUUCUGGCGAAACAGAACCCCGAGGUGAAGGUGGGUGGUCGCUACGCCCCCAAGGACUGCAUCUCUCCUCACAAGGUGGCCAUCAUUAUUCCAUUCCGCAACCGGCAGGAACACCUCAAGUACUGGCUGUAUUACUUGCACCCAAUCCUGCAGCGUCAGCAGUUGGACUACGGCAUCUAUGUUAUCAACCAGGCUGGAGAGUCCACAUUCAAUCGCGCUAAGCUCCUCAACGUUGGCUUUCAAGAGGCCUUGAAGGACUACGACUACAACUGCUUCGUGUUCAGCGACGUGGACCUCAUCCCAAUGGAUGACCGGAACACCUACAGGUGCUUUUCCCAGCCACGGCACAUUUCUGUGGCAAUGGAUAAGUUUGGAUUUAGCUUACCUUAUGUUCAGUUUUUUGGAGGUGUGUCUGCUCUAAGUAAACAACAGUUUCUCACCAUCAAUGGAUUUCCUAAUAAUUAUUGGGGCUGGGGAGGUGAAGAUGACGACAUUUUUAACAGAUUAGUUUUUAAAGGUAUGUCUAUAUCUCGCCCAAACGCUGUGGUUGGGAAGUGUCGGAUGAUUCGCCACUCAAGAGACAAGAAAAAUGAACCCAAUCCUCAGAGGUUUGACCGAAUUGCACACACGAAGGAGACAAUGCUGUCUGAUGGUUUGAACACACUGACUUAUAAGGUGUUGGACAUAGAGAGAAACCCAUUAUAUACCAAAAUCACAGUGGACGUCGGGACACCGAGCUAGCAUUUUGCUACCCUGAUAAAGACCUAAAAAUGGCCAGGGACCCCUGCUGUGUCUCUGCCAACGUGCUGGGCUGGCCCCUCAUUCUUACAAUCAGCGUGAUAGCCCCCUUCGCUCGUCAUUUACAUGCCUUCCCGGAUGACCAGAACAAGUGGGGUAUUUUGCCCCCAGCUUGACGCGGCAUGUGACUUCUUAGCUCUACGAGGCGUUUGUAUGUGUAGAAACUGUCAGCCUCUGGGGGUUCUCAGCAUGUUCACAGUGUCACCCCAAAGAAUCAGUAUAUACAGCCCCAAAUUUGGUGACUGUGGGACUCGUUCCCAGUGGUAAACUGCAAAUUUGUUGUGAAAUAGGUAAGAAUUUUGUUUUAAAUCGUGUAUUCUUAGUACUUUAUGCAAAAUUGGAGAGUGCUGCUGAAAUUGGAUUGGUGUGAUAUUUUUUGGUUGUCAUAUUUUAAACAGAAAAACUGUGUCAACCAUUCUCAUUUUACCGCCCCCCACCCCACCUUCUUUUAGUGCUAUACAACUGUUCCAAUCACUGUGUGUAUCUCUUCUUAGCAAAAGAGUUCUAAAACAUGAGCCUCAGACCUUUUGCCCUGCUAACGUGUGAAUUCCAAGGCAACUUUAGCCAUCAGAGCGAAAUCCUUGGGUGUUCUCACAUUCAGUGGCCUUUCUCCACAUUGCCUGAUUUCCGAAUGUAAAACUUAUUGGAAAGAGCAGGUUGCAGUUUGUAGUAUUUUAAAGACCAAAUCAAAUUCUGAUUACUGAUCUAGCUUGAUUUUGUGUUGAUCCAGAUUUUCAUGGCUGUUUAGUGUUCAAACAUGGCAAUUGAUUUUUCUGAGUAUGUAAACUUGAAUUUCCUAUGUAUUUUUAUUGUGGUGUUUAAAUGUGAGGAAGGGACUGAGCAUUUUUUUAGGGGCGGGACAGGGGGCGAUUCUGUAUGCUGUAGUAGCCAUGAGCAGGCCUCUGAUUUAGCUUGCCGGCCAGGUUUUGUGAAGAACAAAAUCACUUUUGGGUCCUUUGACGGGGCAAGCCCCCCCCAUCCCACCCCACCCCCACCACACACACACACCUCUGCAGGAAGGCAGAAUCCUUGGCCUGCCAGGCAGUGCUCCCCAUCUCUUUACCCUCCCCAGGUGGGCAGGGCGGAGGGAACCUCUACCACCUCCUUGGACUGACACCAAGACCUCCCACCAGGGCGUAGGCUGUGGAGUUGUAAAUGACAGCAGUCAGAACUGUUUACUGGCCCUUAGCCUGGGGAGGUGGAGGGAACCUCGGUUCUGGCCCCUUGGAUGGAAGGGCUGCCUCCCUCAGGUUUGGCCCAACACUGCCUGUCCCACCUUGCAGGACCGGUUCUCCUUCUUCCUCCCCCCUUCUGCCCUCCCCUUUUUUGUUCCUUUGCUUUUUGCCUGUUCCCUAAAACUUGCCUGUGGCACUCAGGGUCAAAUACACUAUUCAUUCUCCAGCAUGAAUGUGCCUUUUAAUUAGAAACAUAGAAAUUCAGCUGAACCCACUCACACUCCCCCAGGACCACUCUGGUGCCUAAAGCCUCCCUUUCCCCCUCGGGGUCUUUAGCAGGUGCUCCCCCUCCUGGGAGGCUGACCCCCAGGGCUGUCUUCUUCAAACCUGCCUCUGCUGGGAGAGGCUUCCAUGCCGGGGGUGAGAUGCACGAGGCAGUUUCAACACUGGGCUAAGGGCCUGAGACUCAGCUGUUUAAUCCCAGGCUUGACCUUUCCGCUGGUGGCCACUCAGACCUCCUGGGAACCAGCCCUCAGUGUGGAUGGAGGCUGAGUUGGUGUCCAGCGCCAGUCUUACCUGUGCCUUUAUUGCUUUGAGCAUCUCAGAUGCUAACUUGGUUCUUUUCCCAGAAGCCUUUGAUUAAAAUUUAUUUUCCACUGCACAAGCUUUGGGGCUAUGCAAAGAGUAUUCCUUCUGUCAAUCCCCUGCUCCUUAACAGAGAUGUUAAUAAAAUUCAGAACAACUGCACUGAGAAGGAGUUUUGGGAAAUGCAAAGAAUGAAGGCCUCUCUUUGUGACCCCAGAUCCUGACUUUUCCAAAGUGCCUUAAAAGAAGGAGACAAAUACCUUGGGAAGUAACUUCUUUGUUACUUACUGUACUCUUUUUUUUAAAAAAAGACUUUUUUUUCCUUCUUUUGUUUUUUUUUAAUAUUUUCUUUCAUGUUACAUUGGAAUAUUCAAGUAUGUGGUUCAUUCUCAGAACCAAGGGAAAUCCUGCGUCAUCUGUUCCUCCUUUGCUCACCUUUGGUGCUCUCAUGGGCGCCACCUGAGCCCAAGGUUAGGCCUGCCGGCCUGCCUGGUUCAUGAGAGGCUGUAGGUCCUGUUUCCUCCCUGGGGAGUUCAGAGCAAGAGGGUUCAGGGGGCAUUUCCUUUACCUGGAAGUUGUCACCAUGAAGUUGUCCUGUUCUGUGCCUUUGUUUCUGUCCUUCCCGUUGCUGGUGACCCUGUGAAGUGGCUUUUGGAGAAGAUCAGAGGGCGGAGGUGGCCCGGGAGGGUAAAGGAAAUGCGGUCUGGCUCUCAGCCUGGGCAGGGUCUCUGCUGACCUCAGGGCUGGCCAUGGGGUGUCCCACACAGCCGGGACAGCAGCGGUCCUGUCCUGGAGACCUGUUGUGCUGUGUGUUUCGAUUUCCUGUGUGUGCAAAUGUAUGUAUUGACUAUUGUGAGUGGGAGGGGGGAAUGUCUGACUUUGAUGUUCAAAACAGAACUGUAUUUUUGCCUUUAAAAUCCAGUAAUAUAACACGAAUAAAUGUCCUUAUCUUUGUAA